AUGCCUGAUAAGCAGGCUGUUGUGACUCUUUACCCGCUCUUCCAGCCAGAUGUCCUGCCAUUCCGCUCCCUAACGUUCGCUCCCGAUACCGAAUUUGUGAAGAUUGGCCGGGCUUCCAAGCGGGAAGCGAAGGGUCUCGUCCCCGCUCAUCAUAAUGCAUUGUUCGAAUCGAGGGUUAUGUCCCGGGAUCAUGCGCAGUUGAGGGUAUCCUUCGAAAAGAAGGAGGUCUACAUACGGGACAAUGGCUCCAUGCAUGGUACUUGGGUCAAUUGUAGAAAGAUAUCGGCCGACAAGGAUAUCCCAAUCCACAGUGGUGACGUUGUGAUAUUUGGUACCGAGGUUAUACGCGGCGAAGAUACGUAUCCGCCUAUGAGGGUUCGUUGCGAGUGCCAAUGGUUUGACCUUGAGUAUGUGGCUACUUCACAGGAUAACCCAAAGACAAACACUUUCUGCGUCCCUGACACCGACGAUGAGGUAAUUGAAAUUGUCGACGAGGCCCCGAUGGACUCUGCAUCGACUGGAUCUUACGUUCCUGACGACGCAGACAUUUCUUCGGACUCUGAUCAUCACCGAUCUGCUGGGAACUCGACGCCUAUGACUUCGCCUUUGAAAAAGGAUGUUUCUGUAGAAUUAGUGGAAAACAAAUCCUCCGCAUCCGCCAGUGAUCUUCAAAGUCAUGUGGUCAGAUCGCAGCCAAGUCCGAUUGAACUUGACGAAGAGAACAAUGAGCACCCUCUUGUAACUCCGCGGAUGACCCCACCGUCUGUUGAGGACAUUUACGAGGGUUCCUAUGCCGGUAUAGCUGAUGAUAUGGGCGGCAUCGAUUAUGCUCCAGAUAAUGAGCCCGCGCUUACUGGUUACAGUCGAGGGGACUCAGCCACUGGAUCCGAUGGCUGGGAGGAAAGUGAAGAGCAAGACGACUCUGAAGACGAUUUGAUGUCGCAUUCAUCUCUCGGUGUGGACACCGAUGGGUUCGAUAGGGAGGCCGAUGCUAUGGCAUCCAAUGUUCCUUCGACUCCAGUGAUCUAUGAAUCGCUAGUGGCUGUGGCUGUGAGUAAGGGAGCCCAGCCGCAAGAGGAGGACAGAUCGCUACCCACCCAAAAUGAUGCGCCUUGCUCGACAGCGGUCACAAGUGGCGAGCAUGUUAGUCCCCAGACCGCUGCUCCGAACAUGAACAGCUGGAACUUCACGGCGAAUGAAGAUUCGACCGAGUCGACUCCCCUCAAGUUCGGCUGGUCGUCCAUCCCACAGCCCGUCGGAGUCUCCAAUUCGGCGUCACGGUCUAGUGGAAGAUCGCUCGAUCACUCACUCGCCUGUUUCCAUCACACUACAUCGUCGUCGAGCGCGGACGAAUGUUGGCCCAACGUUGCCUUUCAUCCUAUCGAUCCUUUAACGCAAUGUGAAAGCAAUGACAGUGCCAUAUCGCAAGAUCACCGGACAUCGGCUGGUCCUUAUACUGAUGGACCAUUCGUCAACAGUCACACACAAACCACUUUCGAUGAUUUUGAAAAGGGAAAUAAAGUCCAGUCUACCGUUGCUACUAACGCUAGUCAGCCAAGUCGAGAAGAACGUCCCAAUGAAGAACGUGUCGAGUCUCGGGACAACAGCGGCCGCGUAGAUCUGCAGUCAAAUCCUCAUAGAGUAUCAUCCAUGGCCGGCGCAGGGGCCACACGGGACUCCAAUACACGCCUUUCUAUCGCUGACAUUGUUGAUACUUCCGAAUGGACAGCAACAUCUGGCGUCAAGCCGUCGCGGAAGAGGAAGGCUCCUGAGAUGGAAUCGGACUCAGAAGAGCUUGAUCAGGGCCUUGCCGGGCACUUCCCUGAUGUCACUUCAGUUGACAUUUGUGAUUUGCUUGACAAUCAUUUUGUCAGUGGGUCUGCAGAGUCAUUCUCUCAAGACGCUCAGCCACAAGUUGCACCCGUUAAUCUGGAUGCCUCGCUGUCUCAUCUUACGGGGAUUCACACUGUUGGCCAAACUCAGAAUCCCAAUGAUGCACCCAAAGCUGCCAAACCUGCUGCUAAAAAUGAACGACCGUCGAAGCGACAAAGGGUUUCGGGCUCAGGAAGCUUUGGAAGUCAUGUCGCCACUGCUCUUCUCGGCGCAAUGGUUGGUGGCUUGGGUACAGUCGCUCUUUUAGCCUCCCUUCCCACUGACUACUUCGCUUAA